UAAAUGUACGAAGAGGGCGCACGAGAUAUAAAGUUCGAGUUUGGUCAUGAAUUAAUUUUUAAGCCUUUACACACUGAAAUUCUAGAAAUCACAGCAACUAUUCUUGUAUUAUGUUUUAUUAUACCUUGUUAUCUUGAAAGGCAUUCGCUUUUGAAAACAAUACAUUGCAAAAAAACAUUAUUCAUCGUGGUUUCAAAAUGCAUGAAACUAUGGUAGUAGAGGAAGAUUUCUUUGGGCGGAUGAAAGUAAAGGGUCCAUACGGUAACACCGAAAUUAUUCGAAGAUUUACACUAGUGAAUGAAAAUGGGAUGUCUGUUCAACUUAUCACAUAUGGUGCCGCGAUAACAUCAAUCAAAGUGCCUGACAAAAAUGGAACUGUCGAGGACGUUGUCCUAGGAUUUGAUAGGUUGGAGGAAUACCAAAAUCAAACACACUAUAUUGGGUGUACAAUUGGACGUGUGGCUAAUAGAAUAUCAAAUGGAACAUUCAGAAUUGGAAACAAGGAAUACAUUCUUGAAAAGAACAAUGGUCCCAGUCAUCUUCAUGGUGGAAGUCAUGGUUUUAACAAGAUUGUGUGGGAUUCUUUGGUAGAAGGUAGCAGUGUGACCUUCUCUCACCAUAGCCCAUCACGGGACCAAGGGUAUCCUGGAGAAGUCAUGUGCUAUGUAACAUACCAACUUACAGAUGACAAUGAAGUUUUAAUAGAUUACAAAGCUACAUCAACACAGACCACUCCGUUGAAUCUAACAAACCACUCCUAUUUUAACCUUGGAGGUCAUGGAUCUGGGCCAGUCUAUAAUCACACUGUUAGCAUGAAUGCUGAUUAUUAUACCCCUGUAGAUGAGACACUAAUACCAACAGGAGAAAUAGCUGAUGUCACAGGCACAGUGUUUGAUUUGCGAAAACCUACAGACUUGGCUUCGGUGAUGAACCGAGUACCAGGAGAAGGAUUUGAUCAUAACUUUUGUGUAAAGGGAGAAAUUGGUACCAGUAGACUAGCAGCUAAGAUAUUCCAUUCUGAAAGUGGACGAUCAAUGGAGGUUUGGACAACUCAACCAGGUGUCCAGUUAUACACUGGUAACAGCCUUCCAACAGAUGACAGCUUAAAAGGGAAAGGUGGUGCUGUUUACAAGAAACAUGGAAGUUUUUGUUUGGAGACACAGCAUUAUCCAGACUCUGUUAAUAAGCCAAACUUUCCAACCUGCAUCAUCGGACCAGGAGAACUGUAUCAACACACAACAGUCUUUAAGUUUGCUAUUGAAGAAUGAAAGUGCCAAGAGGAUGUUAGAGCACAGAUGUUUGUUUUAUGCAUCUUUAAUACUAAUGAUAUAUACAGCUGUAUGGAAAAUAAGAGCUUAAAUUGAUAAAAAUGAAAUUUUGUAAGUCUUCCAGAGUUUUUGUAUCAACUAUUGCUCACAAAUGUUGCUCAUUAGAUUGUUUAAAGUACUGUUCUUUACUACAUUAACUAAUAAAUAUGUGUGAGACUUAUCCAAUUAACAAGUACCAAAAUUAUUUCUUACGAAGGAUAUGAAGAUAUAUUUUUCUACUUGUUAUUCUCAAAUAUGUGUUUUCUAACAUAAAUUACCAAGAUUAUUAAACGUUUCAGUAAUCAAGUUAAUUAAGACUUAGAGAAUUUGUAAAGAAUGUUUUUUAUAAAGCUGCUUUUGAUUUUUAUAAUUAAGUGUUAAGCUAAAUUAUUUUUUGUAAUUUGGUGUAUUUGCACACCUUGCACAUUUGAUAUUUGAUGUUUAUAAAUUGAAAUAUGAAACCAGCAGGUGUUAUUGAUUAACUGAUAAUUUUGUCAGAACAUUUCCCUUUCUUCAUGAAACUUGUUUGGAUUUUGGAUUUUUUUCUUCAAUCUUUAUGGAAGCUUUUGUUUAAUGACAUAUAAUGAAGUACAUAACUAAAAUAUAUAUUAUUGCUAUGCACCUUUUACAGUUAUUAGCAUAUUAAAGAAUGCAUGUUGAAGCUUCUUUAGUUAAGGAAAGUUUUUCUAAACCUAAAGACACAAUAUGUAACACAAUUAUUUCAUAGAGUAUAAUUUUUGCCUGUUAUAUUCUGUUUAACACACAAAACUGCAGCUGGAAAAACCUCGAGAAAAACCAAGCUUAAAGUUCAAAAACUGAAUAAGCAUUCAGCUUGCAAACAUAUUUUGUCAACUUCACAGGCAAGAGAUGUAUUUUGAAUAAUAUUCUUCAGUUUCUGGUGUUUUACUACAAUGCCAAGAAUAUACAAGUGAAGUUUCAUCUAGAGAAACUCUUAACCUUAAAUAAAAACAUUGUAUCUAAACACUUGUAUUACUGUUUUUUUAUUUAAAACUAAUAGUAUUUCACUUUGAAUAUGAUAAUGAAUUUAAAAGAAUCUUUUUAAGAUUCUUGACCUUAGUUAUUUACUAUGUCAGUGAUUUGAAAAACCCUUACCUGUGAAGUUUGAUUCCUAAAUUGUUCAUACAUUAGUAUUCUUUAAAGUGAAUUCCUGUUUAUUAUGCUUUUCUGAUUCACAUGUAUUUCAACAAAGUCUUACAAAUCAUACAAUUAUAAGCUGAUGAAAAAUGCAUGCAAAAAAAACUAUAACAUUAUUAAGCACAAGUAAUAGUAACAUGUUUUAAAUGUAUUUAUUUUGUUUAAUAUAGUCUUUCAAGCACCUUUUGUGUCAAAAAAUUUUGAAAACAGGUUUUCACUCAAAAUUUAGAAGAAAAUUAUGAAUUUUUAAAGAAUAAAAGCAACAUUUUUUUUCUAAUACAAA